CAGCAAAGUGAAAGAGGAACUAGUGCAUGUAUGAUGAUGAUUUGAAAGCACAAUGGACGCCAGACGACCUCAGGUACCGUUUCCCCUUCACCGAAUGUACCCCCGACUAGUCAAGGGACCACCCGUCAACAUGAUCCAAACGCCCUACACCAUCGACUCCCCAAGCCCACAAAAUAUUGAGAUCAAAUCCAAGCGGAUGGCAGUGAGCUGGAGAGACGACACACUAUUUUACGUUCCCGACCGGACAGGGAAGCAAGGUGUGUGCAUACUGGAGCCCAGUAUGCAGCCUGGACAGGAAUAUUUUGAGGCUGAGAUUGUAAGCACAGGUAGAUGGGGCGCAAUAAGGAUAGGGUUGGCACCCCCUGACCACUCACUCGAAGUACACCUAGGUAUUGAAGGCAACUCCAUAGCAUUUAGUGUUGACGAUAGUACAAUAUAUGGCGAAGACUUGAAAACGCCGCUGCAAUGCAAAGCGUGCAAGCCUGGGGACAAGAUCGGUGUGGGUAUCAAGUUUAGCGAGAACUACAUGGAAGGCGCUGAUGAGAAAUGCCCGGUGGUCUUCACAUUGAAUGGAAAAGAGAUUCACAGACAAGAUGUCGUCAUCCCCUACAAAGGUCUGUGUCCGGCCGUAUCCAUGGCCUCCCCUAGUCAGAUGGUACGAUUCAAAGCGCGCUGUGAUUGGUUGAGCCAGGAGGAGGAGAUGGUGAUUGACAGCUGCGAAGAUGAGUGGGCGAGGCUUCAUGAUGUCACGGUCCAUGGCCAGAUCCUUGCCUAUGCUGGUCGAGGCAAGACGAUCGCCGACGUGGGUCUCGCCCAGGCCCGCAAGCCCCUCAGCCCCAUGAACCAUUACUUUGAGCUGGAGAUCAUAGACCCUGGGAAGAAUUGCUACAUCGCUAUCGGCCUGGCCAAGAAAGACUACCCUAAGAAGAGACAUCCGGGAUGGAACUAUGGCUCAAUAGCGUACCAUGCAGACGAUGGCAAGAUCUUUAAAGGCAGUGGUGUAGGGGACUCGUUUGGCCCUCGUUGCCACAAGGGCGACAUAAUGGGGUGUGGGAUCAUGUUCCCCAGGGACUACUGUAUGGACAGUGACGAUGCAGAAAGCGACAACGAAGAGGUCAAUGUGGUCAAAGCCUGGCAAGAGAGGGAGCCCUUCAACCGGCUGAACCAGCUGGACCGCAUUGCGCAGGACAACUUUGCCAUCGACGUCUACGACCUCUCGGAAGACGAAUACGAGGAUUAUCUCUCGGAGGAGGAAGAAUAUGAGGAGAAUGUGGACAGGGUGCAGCAAGGAACAAAAGUGCAGGUGUUUUUCACUCGGAACGGAACAACAAUCGGCAGACGAGAGGUCAAUCUACCCCCACUGGGUUUCUAUGCAACCAUCGGUAUGCUCAGUCUGGACGAGAAGGUCCGAGUUGACCUUCGACCCCUGAGUGGUUGACCUAGUCUUUACAACUCGCCCUUUUUUUUUAGAAGGGCAGCUAUGUGUACUCUUGUAUUGUGCUAUAUGUCUAAAAAGUACUGGUGUAAGCUUUCUCUGUAACCUUAAUCGACCAUUAACCCAGAAAGAGGUAGCGAUCCAGAGAAAGGUCGUGACCCAGAGAAAGGUUUCGACCCAGGGAGAGGUCAUGAGCCAGAGAGCGGUUAUGACCUUGAUGUGUUCAUACCAAGUGUAGGUUGAUUCAUGAAUCAUGCUAACCAUACAAAUUUGGUAAAGUUGCUAUGACCUUUGUGUGACCUCCCUAUAAUGACAACUCAUGAUGUAGAUGUUGAAGUUUUUGACCUUUGUACGUGUACGGUCAUGUCGUCUUGAAUUGUGUCCCAUUCAAGCUGGUUCAGUGUUGCACAUUGCAGUCUUUUACCUUUGGUGUGAGGUCACGUCUAGCACCCUGUGUGAGCUUGUAUUGAUAGGCGCUGUAAUUUGUCCACGCGACCAAGGUUCACCGACCAAUUAUGCAAGGAACUUGAUAGAACUACUAGGCUGUAGCUGUAGUUGCGCAAAAAGCAUAGUUGUGGAAAUAAUGGCCAACAGUGCACUGUGUCGUUAAAUUACAUAUGGCCUCAAAUAGUUGUGUGGUCACGUUGCAUGUGUGUACCCCGAAUACUGUGCCAAGCUGAUCAAUGUUGUCUGUGAAUGACCUUUACCCUUUGACCUUUAGGUCAUGGGGUCAUGUUCUGUCUGCAGUUUGUAAGACAAAUUCUCCUGAAAAAAAGUACUUGAUAAUUGUAUGUAGAUCAUUGUAGAUUUUUAAUUACACAUAUUGUAGACGGAAAGCAGGCUUGCCUAGGCUUGCAUUAGCGAAAAAGUGGUCUAUUUGUGUAUCGCACGCUAGAAACGCGUUUUCGCAAACUUUAACCAUGUUAAAACACGAUAGUAAUACAAAACAGUCUUAUAUGUUGUGCACAACAUUCGUAAGCAGAGCAGUAGUUUCAGAAAAUAAUAACUGUAUGAUAACAAAUUUUAUUUUUGCUAAAUGUCUUCUGUAAUUGUGUGAAACAGUUGCCCCCAAAACCUGGAGAAUUGUAUGGGGGUAAUUAAGGGGAUGGCCAGGAUGCAUGAGAGCAGUUAUAUGAUAGAGAAAUAUUAGGCCUGUGCCACACAAAUAACGUGUUAAAUUAAAGCCAUUGGACCCUUUCGGUUCAGAAAAAAGAAAAAAAAGUUCACAGAUUUACAAAUAACUUACAGGG